CGAGCGCAUGCGCAGCAGAGGCCUCGGUGGAAUUUGGACCUAGAGUCCACAGGCUUGGUCUAACUCCGCUUCCUACUGCUGUCCUGGGCAGGAGUCAGUCGCAGAGAUGCUGGGGUCUCGCCUGGCCUUGCAGUGCCCCUUCCUCCGUGGCCUACCGCCAACCAGACUCACCGCCUCCAGGGGGAACUGCCCACCUCCAGGUGGCACUAUUGGGAAACCACUGACAGGUGUGCGAAUCCUUGAUCUAACAAGAGUUCUUGCUGGACCAUUUGCUACCAUGAAUCUAGGAGACCUUGGAGCUGAAGUAAUUAAAGUGGAAAAACCAGGAACUGGGGAUGAUACAAGAUCAUGGGGACCACCGUUCGUUGGAAGUGAAAGUGUUUAUUUUCUCAGUGUAAACAGAAAUAAAAAGAGCAUUGCCAUCGAUUUGAAGAACCCAAAGGGAGCGAAGAUCAUUAAAGAGCUUGCAGCUGUCUCUGAUGUCUUUGUGGAAAACUACAUCCCUGGGAAACUCGCUGCGAUGGGCUUGGGCUAUGAGAACAUUAACAAGGUUGCUCCACAGAUUGUUUACUGUUCAAUAACAGGCUAUGGACAAACUGGUCCGAAGUGUCAACAAGCAGGGUAUGACUCUGUUGCAGCUGCUGUCUCUGGCCUUUUGCACAUCACAGGAACUGAGGGGGGUGCACCAGUUAGACCAGGAGUAGCCAUGACUGAUCUUGCCACAGGACUGUAUGCAUAUGGAGCAAUUAUGGCUGCACUUCUUCAGCGACAUACAACAGGGAAAGGAAUGCAUGUAGACUGCAAUUUGCUGUCAUCUCAAGUUGCCUGCCUUACCUAUAUUGCAAGCAAUUUCCUAAACUGCAAAACAGAAACCAAACGAUGGGGCACUGGACAUGCAAGUAUUGUUCCUUACCAGGGUUUCAAAACAAAAGAUGGCUAUAUUGUGGUGGGAGCUGGAAAUGAUCAUCAAUUUGCCACUGUUUGCAAGAUCCUGAAUUUGUCUGAAAUCAGCCAUGAUCCCAAAUACAAAAAUAACCAGCAGCGAGUGCUAAAUAGGAAAGAACUCAUUGACAUCUUGUCAGCCAGAUUCUUGGAAGAAGAGACCACCAAGUGGCUUGAACUCUUUGAAGGCAGUGGUGUCCCAUAUGGCCCAAUCAACAGCAUGAAACAGGUGUUUGCCGAUUCUCAGGUUCUGCACAAUGAACUUGUUAUGGAGAUGAAUCAUCCAACCGUAGGGAAGAUUGCUGUUCCAGGGCCAGCCGUAAGGUACAGCCAGUUUGAAGUGUCUGAGCCAAAGCCGCCUCCUCUUAUUGGUCAACACACAUUGGAGAUACUGAAGGGCACACUGGGGUACAAGGAUGAUGACCUACAGGAGCUGCUUCGCUCAGGAGUGGUCGCCCAGCAUGAACACAUGUGAAUGCAUUUGGCUUCCAUCUGCAAUAAGAAAGAACCUUUUUGCAUCCUACUAACAUAUGAUCUCUUCACCUUUCACAUUCUAAUAAUGGAAAUAGGAUAGUAUUCUUCAUAAUACUUUUUGGUAUGAUUUAUCAUACACCAACCUUAAACCAUGAUUAUUACCAUGGUCACAAUAAUACGAAAUGUUGACUAUCCAAAAAUGUAGAAAAAUGGACUUAGAAUGGUAGCAUUUGCUACAUUUGAUAGCACAUUUCUUUUCAAAACAUUUAAGCUAAAAAUCAAAGACUUGAGAAAAUAAGUAGCCUUAUGAUUAUUUAUAAACCAGGAGCUCAAACAAAUUUUGGUGAUAUUUUUCACAAUUUUUUUUUGUCGUGUCAGGAGCGACUUGAGAAACUGCAAGUCGCUUCUGGUGUGAGAGAAUUGGCCGUCUGCAAGGACGUUGCCCAGGGGACACCCAGAUGAUUUGAUGUUUUUAUAAUCCUUGUGGGAGGCUUCUCUCAUGUCCCCGCAUGAGGAGCUGGAGCUGGUAGAGGGAGCUCAUCCGCCUCUCCCCGGAUUCGAACCUGCGACCUGUUGGUCUUCAGUCCUGCCGGCACAGGGGUUUAACCCACUGCACCACCGGGGGCUCCAUAAUUUUCAUGAUGAGAGAUCCUGAUAAGAUUAAUUUAGCUAAGAUUAGGUUUGCUCGUGAAGGUAUUUGCUUUUCACUACAAUUGAAGACAUUCUUUUGUGGUGCUAAAGCAGUAAAGCUCAUCUGUUGCAUUUAUCUUUCCACACAAAGAACACACUUUUGCCCAGUGCUGAAGUCUGAAUGAAUGGUGCUCAUUUCCAAAUGGGUCUUCAGUUCUGCUGAUUUAUUUUAUUAAUGUGCACAUUUUCAAUUACAGACAUUAGUUUUUCAAGUGGCAUCACUUUCCAAGAAGCAUAGUUCUUCUCCAACCUCCUUAAUUUGGGUUUUAAAAUAAUUUUGGAUCUUUUAAUAAAGAAAUGAUACUUAUGAGUUGACUU